AUGGCUAACCAAUCUAAGCUCGUGAGGGCUUCGGUCUUCGCUAUCGCUGCACUUCUUGCCGUGUGUGCUAUCCCUGCCGCUGCUACCCCAAUGCCUGAUGCUCUUCCCAUCCCUGAAAACAAACUUGCACCGGUCCAACACCGUAUUGCUUUUGCUGGUGAAGAUGGAAUUUCUGUGUCAUGGAACACUUUCGCUCAGCUGGGUGAGCCCCAAGUUUUUUAUGGCACCAGCCCUGAUCAACUUUCCCAGGUCGCUUCCUCCCAAAUUUCUCAAACAUACCUCACUUCUACUACUUACUCUAACCACGUAAAGCUCUCUGGUCUUGAGCCCAACACCACUUACUACUACCAGGUCUCUAAUUCUCCUGAUGGAUUCCCUGUCUACAGCUUCACUACUCCUCCUCUUUCAAAGACAAAUAGCUUUGAACCUUUCAAGUUUGCUGUUGCUGUUGACCUUGGAACCAUGGGCCCUCUUGGUCUUUCUGAGACCACUGGUAAGGGUGACGGUGGUGUUUUGCUCCCAGGUGAACGCAAUACCAUUAAGGCUCUUGCUGACAACAAGGACGAAUUUGAAUUCAUGUGGCACCCUGGUGACAUUGCCUAUGCCGACUACUGGCUCAAGGAAGAGCUCCACGGUUACCUUGCUAAAAAUAUCUCUACCGGAUACCAGGUUUACGAGUCUAUUCUCAACCAAUUUUACGAUGAUAUUUCUUCAAUUGCUUCUUACAAGCCUUAUAUGGUUGGUCCUGGUAACCACGAAGCCAAUUGCGACAAUGGUGGCACUAAGGACAAGGCUAACAACAUUUCUUAUACUGUCAGCUUGUGUAUGCCAGGCCAAACCAACUUCACUGGUUACCAAAGCCACUGGCGCAUGCCCAGUGAAGAGUCUGGCGGUAACACAAACAUGUGGUACUCUUAUAAUUGGGGCCCUGUCCAUUUUGUUCAAAUUGAUACUGAGACCGAUUUAGGUAAUGGAAUUACAGGCCCUGAUGAGGGCAGUAAUAUGCGUGGCGGUCCUUUCGGCUCUUAUACUAAUGAACAAUUUGAUUGGCUCAACAAGGAUUUGGCUUCGGUUGAUCGUUGCAAGACCCCUUGGGUUAUUGUUGCUGGCCACCGUCCUUGGUACACUGUCGAUAGUUCUUCCGUUUGCAGCACCUGCCAGAGUGCUUUUGAAGAAACUCUCAUCAAGUACAAUGUUGACGUUGCCGUUUUUGGCCACGUCCACAAUUACCAACGUUGGGAUCCCAUUAAAAACAACGAGGUCGAUCCCAAUGGUCUUAACAACCCUUCGUCUCCUUGGUAUUUCGUAAAUGGUGCUGCAGGCCACUACGAUGGUAUGGAUUCACUUAAUAACGACAACAGCCCUGCUGGCUUCAAGUUUGGUUUUGAUAACACUUAUGGUUGGUCUCGUUUCACCGUUCAUAAUGAGACCCACAUUACCCACGAGUUUGUUGCUUCUCGUAACGACUCUGUCAUGGAUACUGCCACUCUUUUCAAAAAGCAUGAUCUCAGCUCUUGUGCUGUUCCUGACACCAGCUCAUCUGUUCUCCCAUCAACUUCUUCUGCUACAUCCAGCAAUGUCGCUAGCAGCUCCGCUACUUCCACUUUUGCUACCACCACUGGUAGCGCUGCCACCACUUCUUCUGUUUCUACAUCUUCCGGUGCUACCACCGGUAGUGCUUCCAGCAGAGUUGCCACUACCUCUGGUUAUGUUUCUAACACUACCGUUAUUUCUACUGCUAUUUCUUCUUCUGGUGCUACUUCUUCCGCUGCCGCUACAACUUUGGCUUCAACCAUCAAGCCUUCUUCAGGUGCUACAACUGCCAAAUCAUCUGAAGGUGCUUCAAGUGUCAAGUCCUCUGAAGCUGGUUCGACUGUUGUUUCUGGUACUCUCACAAGCAUUUUGACUAGUACUGAGACUGUUUCUUGCCACUCUUGCAAGGGUUCAAGUGCUUCUUCUGGUGAUUCCACCGCUGUUGUCACUGACCUUGUUACCGGAACUCUUACUGAUGUCGUUACUAGCAUCUCAACUAUUCCCUGCCCCUCAUGCAAGGCCUCCGGUUCUGCAGCUGGUUCUGGUUCUGUUUCUGGCCAUGCUACUAUUGUUUCUGGCAGCGAAGUUAUUGACACUGUUACUGCUUCUUGCUCAACAUCCACUGGCUCUUCCGAAGUUUCAACCGGUACUAAAACUGCCACCGUUUCAGGAUCUGGCCAUGUUACUACCAUUUCUGGCAGUGAAGUUAUUGAUACUGUUACCGCUUCCUGCUCAACAUCUACCGGUGCCCCAGGAGCCUCUGCAGGCACUGAAACUGUCACCGUUUCUUGCCAUACUUGCAAGGAGAACUCUACUAGCUCUGCUGGUUCAGUUGCUCACUCAUCGUCUGGUGUCGCCACUGGUCCCGCUGGUACUGAGACUGUUACUGUUUCGUGCCACACUUGCACUGCCAGUGGCAGCUCUGCUGGCUCGGCUCUUCACACUUCUUCUGGUGUCUCCUCAGUUCAAUCUGUUAAGCCUUCUGGUACUGCUUCCAACUCCAUCGAAAUCCAAACUGAGACCAAGAUCCUUACUGUUUCUAUCGGAUCAACAGUUUCUUUCUCUUCCAGCGCUCAGCCUAGUGCUUCUGCUGGUCCCCAUACAACAUCUCCCGCUACUAACAUUACUACUGGUGCUCACCCUAGCACUCUUUCUACUUUCAACCACACUUCUUCAAUCAGCAUCCCUGUUCAGGUGGCACCUUCUGCCACUCUUGAGCAGACCAACGAUGCUGCUAGCAAAACCACUAUGCUGCACAGCAGUAUUAUGGGUGCAAUUGCCAUUGCUCUCUUUUACCUUGCCUUUUAA